AUGAUAAGAAAAUGCUAUAUAUUAUUAUGUUUAAUUGUAGCACUUAUACGGGCAGAUAAACCAAAAAAAAUGAUAUGUCAUGAUAGAAAAGGAUGCUAUCCUGAAGUUUUUGAAGCAACAGAUGUAUUUCAAGUGGUUCAUCAAGACCAAAUACUUCCUCCAGGACUUCAUAUUCGGAUUAACUUUAAUACAGGGAUUAAAGAAGCCAAAAUUAUGGAUGAAGGAGAUGAAAAUAAAAACAGUGUUAUUUUAGUUUAUCAAGAUGGCCAUAUUCAAUCAACAGAGCCGGUUGACAAAGAAAUUCCACAUUCUCAUCUAGAUGAAAUAAAACCAAAUCUUAAAAUUCCUCAAGAAGAUCAUGAUCAGUUUUCUAUGGCUUUAUCAUUUUUAGAGUCAGAUAAAUAUCAAGAGUCUGAAGAAGAUUUAACUAAUAUUCUUUUAUUAUUGGAAGAAUUGUCCCAUGAACUCGAAUUUGGAAUAAGAAUAUGUAAAUCUAGAAUUAUUGUAGAGCAUCUUAUGCAUCUUUUGAAAAGUUCAAAAUCAAUCCAUGUUAAAAAAUUAGCAAUUACUGUUUUAGGAUCAUCUCUUCAAAAUAAUCCUCAAGCACUUUUACAUAUUUCUGAUUUAAAACUUGUUAAAAUUUUACUUGAAAAAUUAGAUGAUGAAUCUGAUGACAGUGUGAUGAUAAAAAUAUUAUAUACAUUGUCCUCUAUUGUUAGAUCUCAAAACGAAAUGGAGGAAUUUCACUUAACACAAGGUGAUAAAAUACUUUAUAAAGUAUUCGAAAAAACACAGAAUCCAGCUUUAAUAUCAAAAUGUGCAAAUUUUGUUGCAGAUAACUACCUCAAAAUCGAAAACUAUGAUCAUGAUAGAUUCAAAGCCAGUUCCCUUUCUUUUUCUAUGUCUGUUGAUUCUACUGUUAAACAUUGGUGUAAAAGUCUUCAAAAAAAAUUCCUUGAAAUUUAUUUAAAUAUAGAUUCUAAGGAAAAAAUAUUAUCUGCAUUAAGUUCUUUAAGAAAAAAACAUUCAAAUUUAUGUAAACCUAUCGAUAGUUUUUUAGAAUUUCUAGACCAUGAAAUUGCAUCAACACAUAGUGAGAAUAACUCAUAUAUAACUCUUCUUAGUUCCGUUCAAUAUUUAUUUAAAGAUUCCAAUGCUUAA